AUGCCGGAGUGCCCAGACAUACCUGCAGAUGUUGCAAAGAUUGCAGGGCCGGUUCUGCUAGGCUCUCAGUUGAACUGGGGCCUGUUUGGUGUCCUCACGGUCCAACUGUAUAUGUACAAUCAGGCGAACUACAAGGAUCACUUCUUCGUGAAGGUCGUUGUUUACUGGAUGUACCUCUUCGAAGCCAUCCAAACUAUCCUCUUGACCCACGAUACGUUCCACCAACUGGCCUACAGCUUUGGCAGCUUCGAGGGCUUGACCGCGGCGUAUCUGACUGGAUUUGAGUUGGUCAUUCAGUCGGCUCUCAUUGCAACUGUGACCCAAUGUUUCUACGCGUGGCGGAUAUACAUUCUGAGCAAUUCGAAGAUUCUUGCGGGGUGCAUCGUCUGCAUCUCACUGUUGCAAUGCGCGGGCGGUUUCUCGGAAGGCAUAGCGUGCUUUGUCUAUAACAGUACGUCGGAGAAGAUCCCUAUUGAGGCCACGUCCGUCGCGCUAUGGAUCGGAGGAAGCGCGGCAUGUGAUAUUGUCAUCACCAUCUCCAUGGUUUACCUCCUAUGGCGCAAGCGCAGUGGUGUCCAGAAGACGGAUACGAUGGUCAACAAGCUGAUCCAGCUCGUCGUCGAGACUGGCUUCAUGACGGCUGCCUUGGCGAUUAUCCAGCUCUCGUUGUACAACUCCUUCAAGGAAACCGAAUACUUCAUGACGCCCGCCGGCGCGCUCUCCAAGGCCUACAGCAACUCGCUGCUCGUGCUGCUUAACAACCGCAACACGAUGCGCAAGCAGCGCGACGCGACGAUAGGCGCCACGAGCCUGAGCCUGCCGCAGUUGCAGACCGCGCGCGCGAUCCAAAUCAACGUCAACCAGGAGACGUACGCUGAUGGGAACAUGGCGGUGGUCGACAUGUCCUCAGACAAAAGCGAAGGCCAGUCUCAGUAUGACGAGUACCCCAAGGUCGCGGAUCGCCCCUAG